AUUUGGGUUCAGUGAAUUUCCACGCUGCUGGCCCUGGUCCCGCUGGUCCCGCUGAUGCUGCUGGUGCUGCUGGUGCCGCUGGUGCCGGGGUUCCUGGUGGUGGUGGAACUUCUCUUGGAGGUGGUGGCACCGAUGAAAUUCCUUCGGGUUCUUCUGGAGGUAAAAAUGAGCCUGCUCCUCCUCCUCUUUUAGAAACAGAAAACGAAGCAUUGCGAGUUACAACAGUCGGUGAAGAUGAAGCAAAAAAAGCACCCCAAAAUCACGAUAAUUCAGUCGAACACCAGUCUGGACAAAAUCAAGAGCAUCUACACGAAGAGGAACGGGAAGGAGAACAUCUACAAGAAGAAAUACGAGAUCAGCAAAAAAAACAGGAACAGCAGGAAGAAGAGCACGAAGAGAGCAUAAAACAAGAAAAAGAACAAGAGGAAAAACAACAUCAACAGCAUGAAAAUUACGCGAAAAACAGCGAAGAACCCACAAAAAACGAAACUGCCGUUGGUACAAAUGCCCCCGCUUCAACUGGCGACAGUGACGGCAGCACCGCUGUCUCCCACACCACCUCCCCUCUUUUGCUUCUUCUUCUUGUUGUUGCGUGUGCGGCUGCGGUGGUGGCCGCGUGA